AUGGCUACAAGCAAUUUAGAGCUUGAUUAUGAGUUCUUACCAUAUCUUAAAGUUUACAAAAAUGGCCAUGUUGAGAGACUUUUGGGUAUUGAUGCAAUUCCUCCAGGUAUUGAUUCUCAAUUUGGAGUUUCAUCAAAAGAUAUUUCAAAUAUAGUCCCUAAUUCUGAAGUUUAUGUUCGUAUUUAUCUCCCAAUUAAUUGUAAAAACAAAACAUUACCACUUGUUAUUUAUUUUCAUGGUGGAGGAUUUUGUAUGUUCACUCCCUCUUCAUCACUCUAUCAUAAUUAUCUUAACACCCUUGUGUCUGAAUCGCGAGUUAUCGCGAUUUCAGUUCAUUAUAGAAGGCCCCCUGAACACCCUGUACAUGUUGCAUAUGAAGAUUCAUGGCAAGUGCUACAAUGGGUUUUCGCCCAUUGUAAUGGCGACGGCCCUGAGCCUUGGGUGAAUGCACAUGCAAAUUUUACACGAGUUUUCUUAACUGGUGAUAGCGCAGGAGCUAACAUAGCACAUAAUAUGGCUAUGAAUGUUGGAAGUGUUGACCCAGAGCUUAUGGUUGAUAUUCUUGGUGUUGCUUUAAUCCACCCGUAUUUCUGGGGGUCGGAUCCAAUCGGGUCGGAGGGUUUGUACCCUGAUAAGAAGGCGGGUGUGGAUCGAAUGUGGUCGUUCGUAUGUCCGUCGAAUCCGGAUAAUGAUGACCCGAGGGUUAAUCCGAUUGCAAAAGGUGCACCAGGUUUAAUGAGCCUGGGAUGUCGUAGAGUCUUGAUUUGUGUGGCAGAAAAAGAUAUUUUGAAGGAUAGAGGGCGGGCCUAUUAUGAAGCGUUGGGCCAGAGCGGGUGGAUGGGUGUGGUUGAGAUUCAUGAAACACAAGGAGAGGACCAUGUAUUUCAUUUGCAUGAUUUGGACUCUCAAAAGUCCAAAGACUUGAUGAAGAAUUUGGCCCAUUUCUUCAAUAGGGAAAGGACUCAUUUUCUUUAA